GGGAACUGCAAGCCUCCACCUCUCCAUAGUGUCAGCUGAAGUAGAGAAGCAGAGAGGACGCCCGUGUUUGCAUGAUAUCAAUGCCACUUUGAGAAGGUGGAUAAAACAAUCUGAUGGACGGGAAAUGUAAUAUUCUGCCGGUUCUCCUGCAUAGACAGUGAGAAUGGUCGCGCUAUAAAAGAGGAGAACCCGCGCGUGCUGCCCUGCGUAAGGAGACACGAGAUUGCGCUUUAUAGUUGAACCUGAAGACGGUUUCAUCGUUCAAGUCAUGUCUAUUGAACUGAGGAUAUUGAUGUUUGGGAUCGGGACUGCCUUGGUUUUAUUUGUCAUUAUAGCCGACAUAUCGGAAGUGGAAGAAGAAAUCGCGAUCAUUGAGGAUUCACAGAAGUUCCGCUUUGUCCUUCAGUCUAACAGAACAUCAGUUCUGAAUGCUGACCCUACUUCACUAGUCAGCUACAGAAGAGUCACAGCCUCUUCUUCUCCACUUUCACUCUCACACAUACAAAGCAAAACAGUCAAUUUGUCCUCACCUGAAUGGACAUUCAACAGAACCUUGUCCAACCUCAUUAGGAAAAACAUCUUGAGGUUCCUGGAUGCUGAGAGGGACAUCUCAAUUCUUAAGAGCACCUUUAAGCCUGGAGAUGUCAUUCAUUAUAUUUUUGACCGCCAGAGCACAACAAACAUCUCUGAGAACCUGUAUCACCUCUUGCCGACAGCAUCCCCAAUGAAGCACCAGCAUCACAAACGAUGUGCAAUCGUAGGGAAUUCUGGGAUAUUACUGAAUAGCAGCUGUGGUCAAGAGAUUGAUUCACACGACUUUGUCAUUAGGUGUAACCUGGCUCCAGUGGAGGAGUAUGCAGCAGAUGUAGGAGUACGGACCAGUUUGGUGACCAUGAAUCCUUCCGUGGUGCAGCGUGCCUUCCAGGAUCUGAACAGCGAGGAGUGGGUACAGCGUUUCGUCCGCAGGCUUCAGAGCCUCAGCGGAAGCGUGCUGUGGAUCCCCGCCUUCAUGGCCAAAGGAGGAGAAGAAAGAGUGGAGUGGGCUAUACGUCUCAUUCUUCUACACACUGUAAAUGUCCGCACCGCAUUUCCUUCCCUGCGCCUGCUGCAUGCGGUCAGAGGGUACUGGUUGACCAAUCAUGUCCAGAUCAAGAGGCCUACCACCGGACUCCUGAUGUACACCAUGGCCACACGCUUUUGUGAUGAAAUCCACCUGUACGGCUUCUGGCCUUUUGCUAAUGAUCCCGAUGGCAAACCUGUUAAGUAUCACUAUUAUGACACUCUAACUUACCGGUACACAUCCAGCGCUGGUCCCCAUACAAUGCCUCUGGAAUUCAGGACUUUAAGUGCUCUUCACAGACAGGGGGCACUGCGACUGCACACUGGGCCGUGUAAACCUCCAACGUGAGCUUCGCUUUGCAACAGCAAUUUUGAUGGUGCUUUUUUUUAAGAGGUUAGCUCUGUGUCGGGGUUAAAUGAUUGUGUGUCACACACUGGAAGAGAAGGACCUGUGGACUUUUUAGAAUGAGACCCACAUAGACAAAAUGACAGAAACAUGCUGUGAAAAAAUGCGUUCACCUGCAUAUUUUAGGUGAAUAUAACCAAUUGUGAAAAUGCAAUAUGGCCAGAAAGGUGGGCAUUUGUUUUUGUAGAAGUGUUUAACCUUAAAAAGGUGAGCCAUUUUUGUCCCCGGAGAUAUUUUGUUUCUUCAUAGCCCAGAACAAGUUUGAAACUCUCACGUCUUAUUUUCAUUGUUGUGAUUCACUAAAUGUCUUGUAUACAGUUUACUUUUUUGUACUGUAUAUCUUCAAUUUGUCCACAAGAUGGAAGCAUUUCUGUAAAAGGAUAAACUUGCAUUAUUUAGUAUUAGAACAGCAUUAGCCUUUUGGGGAAGUUUUUGUAAAGAGUCUAUAUUGAGAAUGUCCUUUUUGUUGCCUUUACAGUCUAUGUGUCUGUUAAGCCCAUAGACAUCAUGACUGAAUGUAUGGCAGACAAUUAGGUUUGACAUUUAAGUCUUUAAACAUGGAUUUUUACCACUUUAUUUCUUUUCAAUGACAAUAAUGUAGUGCCUCAAGUAGGAAAAGAAUGUUAUGCUGCAUCAAUACUCAAAAAUGACACUUGAUAAAGUUGCCUUAGAAAGAGGUGUAGUAGUGUUAAGUUGUGACAGUAAGCAGCUGUUAAAUGUACUCUGUUUCCAUAUAACAAGUUGUCUUAUUUACUGAAGCUCUGAAAUGUGCAGUAAUGCUUGUGUUACAAGUGGAACAAGCCUUGGAAAAGCCUUCCAGGGGAUUUUAGUGUUUGCAUAGUAAGGCAGCUAUCGCAGUGAAUGGAACCACACACUGAAUGUUAACUGGGAAGAUAAUGUGUAGCCAAAUCCAGUACACACCCAGCUGUUCACACACUCGUGUGUACCAAAGGAUGGUCAUCUGUGAACAGCGUCUAGAGACGUUCACUAUGUAAACUUAAGAGUUUGUUAAAGCCACAAAGUAUGUUUCUUGACUACUGACGGUAUUUCUGUA